GUGGUCGCCACCUGGAGCUUCGGUCGACGACUGCGCUCGCCAUUCCUCCUCCGCCCGACGGCCUCGAGCUCCGCCUCCGACGCCUGAAGCUUCUCCCCACUGGAUUCCAUAAACCGACUUCUCUAUAAGCUUAAGGCCAAAAGAAGUGGCCCUAGUACCUCCGCAGCCAACAACCCUUGACGACGCCACGCCCUCUACGGCUCUACCAUACAGGAUCACCUGCCGCCCGUAACCGGAUUCCUUCUUCUUCUCACCGCGUAGUGUGCGGCGCCAAGGAGGUGCCAGCGGGAUGAAGGCAGGGAGGAAGAACCUGCAGAGAGCGUGCCAGGAUGGCUCUGCCGUCACACUCGCGGAGGGCGAUAGCAUCAUGCAGGUCGUCACGCUGCGUGGCUCCAACCUCAUCGAGGUCACGGAUGGCAAGGGCGUCAAAUCCCUGGCCUUGUUCCCGGCCAAGUUCCAGAAGAGCUUUUGGAUCAAGAACGGGAGUUUUGUGGUUGUGGAUGCUAGUGGGAGGGAGGAGGCUCUCGAAUCAGGGAGCAAGAUAGGUUGUGUCGUGUCGCGAGUUCUCUUUCAUGAUCAAGUUCGCGCACUUGAGAAAUCUGGCGAAUGGCCAGCUAUCUUCAAGUCAACUCCCAAUGGCUGGGCGACAGGGACCGCAUCUCAGGUUGAGGAAGAGCCAGGUUCUGACGAAGAAGAUGAUGAUCUGCCACCACUUGAGGCGAACAGGAACAGACAUAGUCCGUUUGAUGUGCUUUCUGAUUCAGAAAGUGAUUCCGAUUCUUAAACCAGUAGCCAUAGGACUAUGUCAGGCUUGUAACCCUCUCUAUUCUUCAGUUCGAUGUACUUUCUGACUCAGAAAGUGGUUCCAGUUCUUAAACCUGUAGGCAUAGGAUGGUGUGAUUACCCAGGCCGUCCACUUUGCAUAGCUGAUGUAUUUAUGCUGAAGUUGGGCCACAGCAUUAAAACUAUUCAAUCUGUGAAGAUAUUCAGCGAAG